GCCUUCUGUCAGCCCUCGGGGACCUCAGGGGAUCGCUUCCAGCCCCGGAGCUCGGCUCCCCAGCAACAACGAACCAACAAAGGCUUGCUGUUCAGCUGCAGCCUAACAUCUCCCCAGGGGAGCGAGGUGCAGCCCAGCCUAUGGAACCGCGAGGGAUUGUCAAAGCCUUUCCCAAGAGGAAGAAGGUGAGGGAUGACUCAGGGAAAAGCGUCCCUCCAAAGAUCCCAAAAGAAGGAACGGUGCAGCCCGAGGCGGAGUGGCUGAAACCAGUCGCUGCCUACGUGUUGCAAGCUGGCAUUGGCCAAGCCAGGGCAGAGAUCUUCCACAAGCAGAUUGUCCAGAAUGGGGGGUUUGUACACAGCCGUCUCUGCUCGGAGGUGACACACGUCAUUGUAGCUGAAGAUAUGGACUGUGAUCGGGCCUUCCGGCUCCUCAGAUUAGCCAAGCUGCCUUCUAGGUUGCAGCUGGUGAAGGCAUCCUGGCUCAGUGAUUGCAUUAGAGAUCAGAAGCUGCUGAAUACUGCUGGCUACAGUGUCUUUAUCCCUCGGAGGUACCGGGAAGAGGGAGAACAGCAGCAGCAGCAGCUCCUGGGCAGUGAAGAAAUCCAGUCCUCAACAGAGGAGAGUGCAGCAGAAGCAAAUGUUAAAGCACAGCUGGGGGAUUCCUCACAGCAAAACCUGGGCAGCCUUGCACAGCAGCAACCAUCCAAGAAAGUCUAUGAUGAUGAAGACAGCGAAGGAGAAGAUGCUAGUGUCACUCAGGGAGAUCUGGAAGCACUGAUUUCUGGCCACUAUCCUGUGAAAUUGUCAGAGGAGACCAGUGACAGCUCUUUCACAGUGGCCCAGCCUGUCAGCAAGUGGGUUUGUGCACAGUCCUCCAACAGCAAGAAAGAGAAUCACAACCAGUGCAUCACAGAGAAGCUGGAAGUGCUGGCAAAAGCCUAUUCUGUCCAGGGGGACAAGUGGAGAGCUCUGGGCUAUGCUAAAGCCAUCAAUGCACUCAAAAGCUACCACAAACCAGUCACCUCCUACCAGGAAGCCUGUAAAAUUCCUGGGAUUGGGAAGCGAAUGGCAGAGAAGAUCCUGGAGAUCUUGGAGAGUGGACAUCUGCGCAAGCUGGAUCACAUCAGUGAGAGUGUGCCUGUGCUGGAGCUAUUUUCCAACAUCUGGGGAGCAGGAGUCAAGACAGCUCAGAUGUGGUACCAGCAGGGGUUCCGGACGCUGGAUGAUAUCCGCACAAAGGCAUCUCUCACCAGCCAGCAAGCUGUGGGCCUGAAGCACUAUGAGGAUUUCCUGGAGCGCAUGCCUCGGGAGGAAGCUGCAGAAAUAGAGCAGACUGUCAGACAAGCAGCCCUGGCCCUGAAGCCUGGGCUCGUGUGUGUGGCAUGUGGCUCCUACCGUCGGGGGAAGGCCACCUGCGGAGAUGUGGACGUGCUGGUCACUCACCCGGAUGGUCAGUCUCACCGUGGGCUGUUCAGCAAGCUGCUUGACAACCUCCACGAGAGUGGCUUCCUUACAGAUGACCUGGUGAGUCAGGAGGACAACGGUGAGCAGAAGAAGUAUCUGGGGGUGUGCCGCCUUCCUGGGCCAGCCCGUCGUCACCGACGUCUGGACAUCAUCGUGGUUCCUUACAGUGAGUUUGCCUGCGCCCUGCUCUACUUCACCGGCUCGGCCCACUUCAACCGCUCCAUGCGUGCCCUGGCCAAGACCAAGGGCAUGAGCCUCUCAGAGCACGCCCUCAGCAUGGCUGUGGUGCGAGGCCCUGGUGGUGUCAAGGUGGCAUCUGGCCAUGCUCUGCCCACCCCGACCGAGAGAGAUGUCUUCACUCAGCUGGGGCUGCCUUACCGAGAGCCCUCGGAACGGGACUGGUGAUGCCGGUUGUCGCCCAGCACUCUGAGCUGUGCUGCUGUUUUGAGGGGUGCUGGCUUCUCCAGUGCUGUUCUGUGGUGACUGUGAGCUGGGUACGUAUCGCAGUAAACUGACUUCUUGCAAACUGGGGCCCUACUGCUAGCAGAGCUUUGUGGCUUCACCCAGCAGAGGGCGUGGGCUGGAAGGGCUUCCCGGUGUCACACAUCUGCCAGUGCCCGGUUCACAGGCAGCCCGUGGCUGAGAACACUCACUGACUGCACAUCAGCUCACUGCCCAUCAGCUAACCUUGGCCUGGCUCUCCCUAGGGAAGCUCCAGAAGGCUGGCUUGGAGAGUGUUAUGACAAAAGCCCUCCUGGUGCUUGGGAAGUGGAGAAGAGGGAUGCAUCUUCCUCUCUGUGUGAGCACAGGUGCCCCAUAAUCUCUGUCCUGAGCUGUGUAGGAAGGCAACAGAGGUCUGGCCUAGCCUGGAAACGAGCCCCUUUUCUCUGUUUGCUGCUGCUGGCAUCUACUGUUGUGAGAACUACAAAGGUCUCCCUGUGCUGCUGCUAUGUCCUCCCUCUGUCUGACUUGUGUUGUCCAGUGGGUCUCAUUGCACAGUGCCAAGUAGCUUCCCCUGGAGCCAGGUGAGCCCUGAGGAAUAUGUAAAAACCCAGUGUGGUCCAUCUACAUGUUCUCAGUCCAUCAUGUGCUGACCAUUCUGCAGUGCAGAGUGUUGUGAUCCUCCUGGCCUGGACACAAGGGCUUCUUUCCCCUCUGUGCAGGAAAGAAAUGGCCCCUUGGGCUUCAGGGUGACUGUGCUCAGGAUUGUAAUGGUGCUGAAUGUAACCUGUUAAGGCUGUGUGUUUGCAUGCAAGGCAUGGAAGCAGAGAGAAACACAGAUAAAUCAGUGUUAAUCUGGGCAAAGCAGAGCUUUCCCAUUUUUUGUGUGUGAUGACCAGGAAGUCAUCUGGUCUGUAUUGAUCAGAGCCAGUGUUGUGUGUUCAUGUACAGGUGUGUUAACCCCUUCUAUUCCAAGGGAGUGAAUUUUGUUUCUCAGGAAACCUCAACUAUUUUUAUAUUCUGGAGAUGAAUUUUGCAGAGGCUUUCAGUGCUCUGCAGCAUCAGCUGCUGGUGAGGCCAGGGUGUUCCUGCCUCAGUCUCUGGGGCUGAUCUGGCCUUACACUCCCUUAUCUUGUAGGGGACCUGCCACCCCGACUCUUCAUUUUGCUGCUUCUUGUCACGUGCAGGGAUGAGCUGUGUUUGCUGCCAGGGCAGCCACUAGGGCAUCAAAUCUGGCUGCUGUGGCUGCUGGCGACCUGCAGUGAGGCCUGGGUAUUUGCUGGGGAGGACUCAAUCCAGGCAGUGUCCUUGGUCAGCCCAGCCCUUCUACAGCACGCCUGGUGGAAAUGAAUGUCUUCUGGCAUGUAUUGGUGCUUUGAAACAUGAAGUGUAAUAAAUCCCUUAUCUCUUUUUCAUCCAGCUCUGGGUGCCACAGUGAGCUGUUCCUUGUGGGACUGGGGCUGCCCCUCUCACCAGAGUCACAUGCUGGGGACAACGCUACAGGUGGGGGAGAUGCAGUAUUGCUGUCCCCCAUCUCUUUCCCCUUUGUCCUUUCCUCUGGGACCACAAUUCACUCUGUGGUGCAAAAUGGGUGCUGCAGCAGCCCUGCAAAGCUCUGGUCUGGCUGUGUGUGCUUUUACAAAGGGGGAAGGCUGGGGCUGUUCUCUGGGUAGUGCGACUUUCUUGGGGACAUGAAGAACUCCUGCCAGCCCCUUGCACUGUGAGGGAAGGGUCUUCUGUGUGUCCCUCUCCUCCCAUCCCUCAGCUCCCCGCCCAGGAGCUCUGGAGAGGGCAGAGAGCCCUCCCGUGGCCAGCAGCAGCCACAGCUGUGUGGUCCAAGGAUGGGGCCAUUUCCCCUGCAGAUGCAGCACGAUGGCCCUGCCAGUCGCCAGGAGUGAUGCUUCUGGGUUCCAAAGGCUCCCACUUACCCCUUGUGCUGGGCCAGACAGAGCAGCACCAGUGACUGGAUCUUGCUGCCUGCCAUGAGUGCUGGACUGGGCAGAGCCUCCUUCCCAGCACAGAGGGGACAGAGCAUCUGUGUGCCCCUAAUCCCACUCUGCAUCUUCUGAGUCACUUGCAGACCUCAAGGUAGGGGUUACCUCCAGUCUGGCAUUUCCCAAAGCCAGGUGUGGCUCCCAGACCACUCCUCUGCCUGUGCAGCAGAGCAGGGCUGGCCACUACGUGUCCCCAGCACAGCUUCUGUCUCUUCUAAUGUCACACAGAAGAAGGUGCAAAGCUCAGGGCCCAAACGGAGCUCCUGGAGUGCCUGGGAUGGGGUGUGUGGUUGUGGGUGCUGAGCCCCCAGGAUGGCUGCUGACAGGGUGAGCAAAGAUUGCUUUAGGCAUCUCUCAUGGGGUGUUGAUUGGUUCCUGCACCCCAGGAAGGGCCUUCAGUACUUUCCCCCUUCCUGUCCUCCCUGGCUGUGAGUCUGAUCAUCCUGAAAAUUAAAAAGAAACCCAAACACAGCAGCACUUGAAGAGACUGAGUGAGAAGCUCUGGAGCCAGGACACGCAUUGAGUUCCUGCCACAGAGCCUCUCGCUCCCACUUCUGCCCUGUGUGCCCCCAGUGUGGGCACGGAUGGGGGGUUCAGGCAAUUGCUGUCCCACCCAGCAGCUCUCUCUGCCCCCUAAAGUAAAAGGAGGAAAAAGCCAUGCUGAGUCACAUCAGGGCAGCUCUUCCCACCCUGCUCCCUACCCCAGGGGGGGCACAUCCCACUCCCUGUGCCUGUCCUACAGGGGAAGAGGGGGCAGAGGGGUGCGGAGGGGCCCUUUGGGCUCCUAACAGUGGCACUUCAUCUCAUGAGCAAAUAUUUGCUAAUGGCAGCGCGGCCGGGAGAACGGAGCGGAGCUGCUCCCCCCACCGGGGCAGGCAGGGAAAUGAAUAUGAAUUUAUCAUGAUUAGGUGAACCCAGCAGGGAGAGCGGGAGAGAGAGGGCCAGGCAGGGAGGGGGCGGGCGAAGAUGGAUCUGUGCAAUAAAAUUAAAUAAGGACACCAAAUAGAGUCGCUGCUCACGCGCCUGCCCGCCCGCGUGCUGGGCCUCUCCCGCCCUCCCUCGCUCCUCCAGCUUUGCUGAUUUCUCUCUUUCCUCAAAUUUAUGAGGCCAAUUAUGAAGAUGAGGUUGGAAGUUCUCAGAAGUUCACUAAAUGCAAAGUGCGGUCCCUGCUGUUCCCAUCAAAUUAAUUAACCGAGUGCUAUUGAUGGCCGGGCGACGUCGGUGCGGCGUGGAGCGAGAGGGAAUGGCUGCUGGGGUGCAGCUGGGGGGGGAUGGGGGACCUUGUGAGGUGUCCCAGGGCAGCAGCCGUGUGCCCAGUGCACCCUGCUCUGCUGGGGCGGCUCCUGUGUAUGGGGUGGCUGUGCCCCCAGCCCAUAGGG